UGAUUUUAGGAAGACAAUAAACUUUUAAUUUAACUAUAAAAAUUCGUAAAUUUAAUUAAUCGAAGGGCGCUUUAGCGCGGUUAGUGAAAGUGUUCACACGAAAGCAAACGCAGUUAGCGAAGUUUAAGAAAACAAUUUUACAUUCCAUAUUAGUUAUAACUAAUUAAUAAUGGCUCUAAAAAUUUCCAUAUUAAAAGCUAUUUUGGCAUUUGUCAACACAAUGCUGCCGCUGCUGGGCAUCGGACUGAUUGCGCUUUCUGUUUACGACCUAAACACUUCGACGCCUGGCACUAUGCAACACAUUUCGAUCGUAAUACAAAUAUUUAUUGGCUCGUUUGUGGUACUCACCUCAUUUCUGGGCUGUUUUGGAUUGUGCCGCGAAUCGUUGGGUCUCACGUGGAGUUACGUAAGUUGCAUGUUAAUAUUAGUCACAUUUCAAAUUUAUUUGAUUGUUGUGGCUGGCGUAACUGACUACGUACAGAAUACGACCGAUCACUUUGAUAUGCUGUGGAGCAAUGUGACCGUAAAUGCAGCCGAAAUUGCACAAAUUGAGCAACAGUAUGAAUGCUGUGGCAAAUCGGGUACCAUAGACUAUUUGCAACUGGACAAGCGUAUACCAAAAAACUGUUACCGUAACUUUUCUGGCGCCGAGAAUGAUCUGUUCACAGAGAGCUGUUUAAAGUUGUUGCAGGAGAUGGCACGUAAAAGUGAUAGUACAGGGUUGGCAAUUAAGUUGACGUUAUUCGGGUUUGAGAUACUUGGCUUGUUCUUCUCCGGACUUUUGGGCAUUACUAUACGCAACAAGCGAAGAAGAGACCAAUUUAUCGAUCACUAGAAGUGUUAAAAAGUGCAAACGUCUUUAGAUAUAAAUACAUAAGUAAGUGAAAAAACAAUGUUGCCUGAAUAAACAUUAGAAAAUUAUGCAUGUAAGUCUAGGUGAUUAGUUACAUUUAUCGAUAAGUAUGUAUUUUGUGCAACGCCUGUUAUAAUUAUUUAUUUUAUAUAAAUUUACAACAAAUUAAAUGCAAGUCAAUGUACAAUGUUUUAUCAAAUAAGAAAACUUAAAACAUACAAAA